CGACCGCCCGGCGCGCAGGGGCUGCGGAACCACGGCAACACGUGCUUCAUGAACGCCGUGGUGCAGUGCCUCAGCAACACCGCCCCGCUCGCCGAGUUCCUGGCGCUCGGACGCUACCGAGCCCGCGGGGCCCGCGCCGAGGUCACGCACCGCCUGGCGGCUCUGGUCCGCGCCCUCUGGAGCCUGGAAUACACCCCGCGGCUCUCCGCCGAGUUCCAGAGCAUCGUGGCCAAACACGGCGCGCAGUUCCGCGGUAACGCGCAGCACGACGCCCUCGAGUUCCUGCUGUGGCUGCUGGACCGCAUGCACGAGGACCUGGGCAGCGCCUCGCCCGCACCGGGACAUCGCGCUGCCCACCAGCGCAGUGUGGAGCAGAGUGGUGCCAGUGGGGAGAGCUUUGUACAGAGCCACUUCCAGGCACAGUACAGAUCAUCCCUGACGUGCCCGCACUGCCGGAAGCAAAGCAAUACCUUCGACCCAUUCCUGUGCAUCUCGCUGCCCAUCCCCGUGCGCCAGACCAGGGCACUGAAUGUGACGCUGGUGCUGCAGCGCGAGGGCGGGCGCUCGCUGCGCGUGGGGCUGGCAGUGCCGCUGCUGGGCACGGCUGCAGAGCUGCGUGAGAUGGUGGCACGGGAGGGGGAUGUGCCCCCACAGCAGGUGAUCCUGGCCGAGGUGUCCCCGCAGGGCUUCCUGCGCUCACUGGAUGACGCUGAGGAGCUGAGCACAGCCGGGCAAGAGGCACCCCUGUAUGCCCUGCAGGCUCCCCCAGAGGCCCCUGCAGGUGUGCUGUGCUGUGAUUGGUGGCAUCUGUGCCCCCCUCCCCCCAAUGACGGGUGGGAGCUGUGCCCCGUCUGCUGUGAUUGGUGGGAGGCAGGAGCCUUGUCCCUCACGCCACGAUUGGUGGGAGGCAGGUGUCUGUCUUGCCGUGAUUGGUGGGAACCUCACCCCUCGCGCUGCGAUUGGCGGAGCCGUUGGCGGGAAUUUUCCCACGCCCUCCGUGUCACCCCGGUGUCCCCAUCCCUCCCCCUAGGGGGUUCCCACGGGCAUGGCCGCACCGCGCUCACCCUCUGCCCGCAGGCGCCCGCCCUGUGCUGCUGCUGCUGUGCCACGUUCGGAUCACCGCUGGUGCUGUGGGCGGAGCGCGGUGCCUCUUGGGCACAGCUGCAGCGCGACGUGCUGGCCCCGCUGCGCGGCAUGAUGAGGAGCGCCGUGCAGGCGUCCCUGUUGCCCUGGUUGGCCAUAGUCACUGGAUGUGGCUGCAGUGUCACCCAUCCCUGCCACUUGGGUGCCGUCGCCACCAAGGUAUCCACAGGGCUGACGGGAGCCCGCAGUGAAUCACACACUGAAGCCCCAUCCUUGUCCCUCUGGGUGUCCCCACCAUGGGGCACGGUGCCGCUGUUCCGCAUCCACGUGGCCAGGGAGCCCAGUGCCUACCUGUCCCCACAGGACCCACACCCGCUGUGCCACGCGGCCAUUGACAGGGCGCUGCAGCAGAGCCCCGCUGGCGGACCCCCCCACAUCGCGCUGACAGUGGACUGGGACAUCGACAUCAAGGAGCGGCUUUUCGGCAGCGUGCAGCAGGAGGUGGUGCAGGACGCAGACAGCGUGCGGCUGCAGCAGGCGGCACACCAGCAGCACAGCUGCACUUUGGAUGAGUGCUUCCAGCUCUACACCAAGGAGGAGCAGCUGGCACCGGAUGACGCAUGGCGCUGCCCGCACUGCCGGGUCCUGCAGCAGGGCACAGUGCAGCUCCGCCUCUGGACGCUGCCCGACAUCCUCAUCAUCCACCUGAAGCGCUUCCGCCAGGUUGCCCAGCGCCGCCACAAGCUGAGCACGCUGGUGCGCUUCCCCUUGCGUGGGUUGGACAUGGCCCCACACCUGGCCCCGGGGGGGGGAAGAUGGCAGAACUCCCUGCGCCCGACUCGGAGCUGCCCCCCGGAUGCUCUGUAUGACCUUUACGCCGUCUGCAAUCACCAUGGCAGCAUGCAGGGCGGGCAUUACACCGCGUACUGCUGCAACUCCCUGGACGGGCGCUGGUACAGCUACGAUGACAGCACGGUGGAGGGGGUGCGGGAGGACGAGGUGAGCACCCGCAGCGCCUACAUCCUCUUCUACCAGCGCCGCAAUGCCAUCCCUGCCUGGUCGGCCAGCAGUGCUGCCAGAGGCAGCAGCAGCUCGGCCCCAUUGAACCACUGGGCAGCCCGGCUAGGGGGCACCAAGCAGCACAGCGCAGGAUCCCAGCCUGCAGCUCCCCGCCCAUCCCCACCCUGCAGCCCGGACCUUAGCACCACACAGGAGCAAGGUGGCUUCGAAGCCCGGCCGCCGGUGCGGGUGGUGCAGAGCCGCAGCCUCAGUGUCAAGCUGCCACCCCCCGCCCGCUGCAGGGCCCCCCCCAGGGCUGUGCCCCUGCGGUGGUCCUUCGCCUCGCGCCCGCGGGCGGCCCCCGGGCAGCUGCUGCCAUACAUCCCCAUGGGGCCGGUAGGCGGGGGCAGCCCCCGUGUGGAGCAGAAGGCCGUGCUGGGCGAUGCUGCAGGCAGCACACAGAGCACAGAGCCCCCCCGCUGCACCCCAACACCACGCCGGGCCCACAGCGCCGGCCCCACUGGGAUCUCGUGCCCCAAAAGCCCCCCGUGGAGUGGCGAGCAGGAGACAGGCCGCCCCCGGGUGCGGCAGGAGGGCACCCCUCGGGCACAGCACGACCCCCACAGCCCUGACGGGCCCAUCCGGCGCUCACAGAGCUCAGCCUGCCUCCCCCCACGGCCCCCUCACCCCAUGCGGCGCUCAGCAUCGCUGGGCCGGGGCACGGGGGGCACUGCAGGGAUACGGGGCAGGGAGCGCAUGGCAACCCUGCGGCACGGGGUCGUGCCUGAGUCCAGCUUCUGA